ACAAUAGUGUCAUAUUUUAUGCUUCGACUGGUGGUCGUGUAUUUGUGCGUUGUUCGUUUGUGAUUCUAUAUUAAUAUAUUUUGAUAAUUUAAUAAUUAUGUAUUAAGUCAAUCACUAAUAUUUUAUAUUAAUCCAACAUAUUGACCGUAUUUUUUUAUUGUGAUUUAAAAGUUUAUGCGUGUGAUCGACCUUCCCAUGUAGGAAAUCUAAACCCGGGUUUAUUUCUGAAAAAAGGCAGUGAGUGCAUUUGUUCCUUUCAGUAUUGAAGUUAUUUAAAAAUACUCAAAGAUUAAAGUUAAUACAGCGCUCAAAUGGCUAUACUUUAAUUGGAACUGAAUACGAAUCAAUCUCGUAGUUCGUUGAGGACACCGAUGGAUAUUGAAUAGUUGCUUUGCCGGGCCACCGCCUCAAGAUGAUGGUGGAAACCAUCCUCGAGUCCUCUCAGGACUUUGGCAUGUCGAACGGGGCUCUACCACAAUGGAAGCGCGAGCUUCUUCAGAGACGGGCGGCUCGGGCGCGGCCACCCAUGGCUCCCUCGGCCCCCGUCCCUCCGCCACCGGCGCCUCCCACCGACGAGGACGAGGAGUUGCGCUACGGGCCCGGCAUCGUCAAAAGACUUAAAUCCCGCUACCUGAGCCUCGCUCUUCGCGAAGCUCCACGUCGCCGUCCCUCGGUGCUCCGUCGCGCCGCCUCGCUCGAACACCUCCUGGACGAGCGGCCGCCGCCUGCGCCCCGGCCGCGGCCCGCCCGCCCCGUGUCCCUUGCGACGCCCUCGUACGCCGCGCUCUCUGCUCCGCCGCCGCGCCGCGACUCCGUCAAGCGAGCUCGCUCUGUCGACGCUCUCAGCCGGCUCGACUCCCGCGAUGACACUAUACCUCAUAUUCCGCUCCAGCCUCCGCCUCAACCGCCACCGCCGCCUCCUUCGCCUCCUCCGCCCCUUCCGCGCUCGGCACGUCCGCCUCGGCGUCCUACUCCGCUACUGCGCGAAACGGAGCGGCCUCCUGCCGACGUAGUCCGGUCGACGCUGCGGAAAUUUGAGUCCGCUCCGCCGCGGCGGACGGCGCCGGCCGCACGCGUGUCUGCCGUUCUUCGUGGCCUAGAAGCGUUACCGCGCAGUUCCACUCCGGAACCUCGAGGGCGGUCCCCGAGUCCCGCAGCGGCCGACCUGUCUGCCAUCGAUGAACCGGAGGGGGUCGCCGUUUCGGUGCCAUGUGAAACCAAGCCGGUAUCUCAAGCUGCCCUCGAAGGAAUCGCUCGCGCCGGAUCAUCGGUGCUUUAUUCCUUCGAGGCGCCCAAACGUGGCUCGCACCUGCCGCCGGUGGCCACGACGAACCCCGUCAUGCUGGGCAGGGCGCGGCUGUCCGCCUCGCCGCGUCGAGUCGGCGUCAUCCGCCCGAUGCCCGCGCCGACGCUCGACCGGUCGAUCUCCUCGCCGACUCCCGCUUUAGACGACACUGACGAAAAAGACGACGUCCAACGAAUCGCAUCACCACUGCCAUACGAUGAUGAAAAUAUUACAAAAAAAGAUUCGCCGCCCUCCGCUCUGGUCGAGCCCACAAUUCGUUCGACGCCCGACGAGAGCGCUCCGAUAUCUUCCCAAACAAAUUCGAACUCGGUGGCUCCCGUUAUCCGUGAACUGACUCCAGAACCCGAACCUAAACCACAACCACAACAGAAGCCGCCGCUGCAGAUAGAUACGCCGAAGAUUCCACCGGCGAAAACAUUGGUAAACGGUCACGCCACGCCACCCAAACCGGUGGAGGUUAAAACCAAAGGAGCGCUGUCUCGGAUCGGCGCCGCCGGCAUCGAGCGCGCGUGGACCGGCGCCGACGAGAAGAAGAACUCCGUCGUGGCCAAGGAGAAGAAGGACAACGGAGAAGUUAAGAGUGGGGUGGUGCCGUGGGCGCGCGGGGGCGGGGGCGCGGGCAGCCCGGCGAGCGGCCGCAAGCCGCGGCCCCCGGCGCCGGCCUCCACCUCCGUGGUGUUCAACUUCUCCAACCGCAAGGAAGUCCCGGACUACAUCGAGAACGACGGCAUCAUCUUGCGCGCAAACCGACGGAACAGAUUCAAGGCGGGUGAAGCGGGCAUCGUGGUGCUGCGGCCCGAGGCGCUGGCCGCCGACUCGGAGUCCGAAGAGGAGGACGCGCGGCCGCCGUCGCCCUGCAGCGUGCGGUUCGUCAACGACAACGUGCUCAUCAACGGACGGUCCUCCAUGGCCGCGAAGAUCUGCAGGGACAGAGCUGCUAAGUUGAAGCUACAAUUUGACGAUUCUUUGACGCGCACCUUCGAGUACCCGUCGGAGACGUCGCUGUGCGAGGACAGUCCUUCGCCCACCGCUCUCACCAACGCCAACAACAACACGCCAACCCCCACCGACAUCAACGCCAACGCCAACGCCAACGCCAACGCCACCGCCAACCACAACGGCGACGCCGUGCAGCAGAUCGCGCAGCCCGCGCACCUCGCGCCGCUCAGCGCCAACACACAUAUCGUGUCGGCGUCGCUGUCGCGCUACACGCCCAGCAAGACGAGCGCCGACGCCUUCCAGCUCGGCCUCGCGCGCCGCCCCGACGCGCACGACGCAGAGCGAGCCGCGGCCGAGGGGGAGGGCGGCGCGGGCGCGGAGGCGGCGGCGGCGGCGGCGGCGGCGGCGGAGGCGGAGGCGGAGGCGGAGGCGGGCGACGCGCGGCCGUGCGCCGCCGAGAGCGCGCGCUCGUGGAGCGAGGCGCGCACGCACGCCACCGACCUGCUGUUCUGAGGCGGCGGCGGACGCGCGCCACCCGCGGGGCAGACACUUGUUUGAGGUCCAUGUGCGGCGUGCGGCAAUAUCGAUAUCUUGUUGCGGUGAAAGCUUUAUACGACAUUAUAAAAAUUGUAAUCGAUCGGACGACACGCGUCCGAAAAGUCCGCGUGUUUUUAUGAACAUUCCUUAUUUAUAUUUAUAGAAAAGAGACAUAUUUUGGAGGACGGAUAUCAUAUCGAAUCAAAGGCGUGAGGUCCGCUGCAGUCUUCCACGCGAUCGAAGCCCCGCCCCGAGAGGACAAUAUUUUUGUAAUCGUAUUGAAUAAACAAUUCUUUUAAUCGUAGAAUCGACUCGUGUCCUUGCGGUGUAGCGGCGAUGAAAUUGACAAUUACAUUUAUAAUGCCAAAAUGAUGUUAGCCAAUUAUUACGGUGGACGUAAGUUAAGCUCUGCUCAAGAAAUCAGUAUAAUGUAGGAACACCGAGUCAUAUCUAAUUAAUGUACUUAAAAUACACGAGUUAAUUGAUAACGAAGCUCGACUGACUAGCUUGUAAUUACAAAUUACAUUUCGACAUCUUUUCGAGCAUUUUAUACACUAAUCUAAGGUGAAUACUUGUAACUAUAUUUUAUACUUAUUGGAUGUAAUCGUAUCGUAUAAGAGGUCAUUCCUUUGAAUUCAUUCCUAAAUUUUUUACAUGAGAUUUUUGCCAGUUUUUACAUGUUUACAAUAAUAAUAUAAUGUAAUGCAAAUAUGCAGUGAUACGUAAGAUUCCGUAGCGUGUGUGUGACCGGACGCGACGCAUUCGGCGGAUGCGUUUAGCCUCAUAUGUAAUCUUUGUGCCGAGGUACAAAGGUAGUGUCGUACUUUCGUCCGUGUCUAUUAUUCGCAUUCAUCGCUGGGUUUCUACAUUCGUACCGCACGGAGUCCGACGGCGGCCCGAGGACGGCGAGGCUCUCGAGCAUUUAUCUUAGUUUAUUUAGCGUAGCCUAGUUAUUAGAGUAGCUGAUUCGUUCAGACACGCUUUAAGAGUGUCAUAUUAUUCGUUCGUAUGUUCCGCUGCGCCGUGCACGCAGCGUUAUCGUGUUGAAUGUUAACGUUUGGCUGAUCGAAACCAUGGUGCAAUUAUUGUUACGAAGUUUUCUAACGAUUCAUAUUUAGUUUACUCGGUGUUUAGCGCUGUGUGUACGGAUGCAUCGCAGGCCGCCCGGCCGACACUUGCCAAUGCCUAGUUGUAUUUUAUGCGUAUUAUGACAUUUACGUUAGAUCUAUAUAGAGGUGAUCAUGAGGUAGCGCAACCUGUCUAGAGUCGCAUCGGGCAGUAGUGCGGAGCCGGGGAGGCGACACACUAAAAUACUCAAGCGACUCUCGCCUACUCGUCCCCGACUGCCCGACGAAACCGACGGCACCGACGACACCGAUGACACCUGACAAAGUUUUAAGCAUUAUUUUGUACUCUAGCGAUGCGUAAAUUGCGAUGUCCGCGUCGUUCGGGUGCAAAGGCUACGGAGUAUGGACUCUCGGCGUCGUGGAAAUGUAUUCUAGUGAAGCGACGGCGAAGAGUUCGCGCGGAGCUUAGUCAUUGCGCUGCGUGCUCAUUAAUUAUUGAUUAUUAUCUUUAUGUACUGAUGCUGAAACGGCAAUAAAAAUGUACACAAAUAAAAA